AUGGAACGUCUCGUCGCCCAAAAUGAAAUCUACAACACGCUUGUUUUGCUCACAAAGGCCGAGGAUGAUCUGGACAAAGAGCUUCUAUUAUCCUUUCUCGAGCCAGACUCUGAAAUCACUUUCGACAUUUCAGGCCACCUAGACAACGUUGCAUCAAGCCAAGUCACGCCGAUUCAGUAUUGGACUCAGACUGUCGAGCUCUUAUCCGGCUUUACAGCUACUCAACAUCACAUUGGGAAUCCGAUUAUUGACGUGUCCGAGUCUCUUCACAAAGCUCGGAUCAGCGUAGAAGUCAUCGCAUACCAUUGUAUCCAGGAUGGGCAAGACACCAGGUCGGUCACUGCGAGAGCAAGACAAAUAGUUCACAUGGACCGAUCCAAUGGGAAAUGGUUCGUCAAAUGCAUGCGGAUUGAUAGGAAGAUCCCACUGGACAACCCGGAGCUGUAUGAAGUUGCUCGUGAUUGA